AUGGAGAGGAUAAUAUUGAGCCUUGGUUUAGAUCCAACGAGUUAUGAAUAUUUCACGUCAGACGGCAUCAGCUCAGGCCUGUCAGCAGACCAGCCUUACUUUACUUUGAAUGGAAAAAAUAUUACGAUCUACAGUGGUGCUAUGCACUAUUUCAGAGUUCCAAGGGCCCAUUGGAGAGAUCGUUUAAAAAAAGUAAGGGCUGCAGGUCUCAACACAGUGGAGACGUACAUCGCGUGGAACCUCCACGAACCCGAAAACGGAGUAUUCGAUUUUGGAGAAGGUGGGUCUGAGAUGGAGGAUUUCCUGCACAUAGAGGAAUAUUUAAAGAUAGCACAAGAUGAAGACUUGUUUGUGAUUUUGAGAAUUGGACCAUAUAUAUGUUCUGAGUUUGACUUUGGUGGGUUUCCCACUUGGUUGCAGAGAGAGGAACAAAUGGGUUAUAGAACCAACGAGCCUACUUACUUAAAAUACGCUGAAAGAUACUUCAACGUGUUGUUACCGAUUCUUAAAGACUACCAAUUCACUAGUGGCGGACCAGUGAUAGCUUUCCAGGUCGAAAACGAGUUCGGAUAUACAUUAUAUGAAGAUCAUGAGCCAGAAAGGGAACAUCUCGAACAACUCCGCCAGAUUCUUAUUAAAAACGGCAUAGUGGAAUUGUUAGUAACGUCAGAUAGUGUCACAUUCGCAGGUGUCUCAGGGACCAUACCUGGUGUCUUCCUUCAAACCGCCAAUUUUGGGUCUGAUCCGGAGAAGCACCUGAACAAACUUGUAGAGUUGCAACCUGAUAGACCAGCGAUGACGAUGGAAUACUGGAUUGGAUGGUUCGAUUAUUGGGCUGACGAACAUAAUUCUGUAAGCGCUGACACUGCAAGAGAUCUGUACGAACGUAUCUUAAAAUUCCCAGCUUCCGUCAACAUCUAUAUGUUUCAUGGGGGUACAAACUUUGGAUUUACCAAUGGUGCAGGGCUGUCUAAUCGACUUGUUGACAAUUCAGGCUUACAACCUAUAGUGACAAGCUACGACUACAAUUCCCCACUGAAUGAAGCGGGCGACUACACAGACAAAUAUUUCGUAGUUAGAGAACUACUGGAAAAGUAUAAUCCUGUCAAAACCAACACACCAGAUCCACCAGCUUUGGCACCAAGAGUGGGUUAUCCGUCUAUAUCUAUCGACAAACAAAUACCAAUAGCUCAGGUUUUGAUUGAAAAUCCUCCUCAUGUUAUAAACAGCGAAAACGUUAUUGCUAUGGAAAUGCUGGAUAUAAACAAUGGAUCUGGGCAGAGUUUUGGGUACAUAGCUUACAGAAAGGAGAAUGUAUUUUUAGGACCCUAUACCAUCUUGGCAAUCGAAGGGAAUAUUUGUGACGUAGCUAUUGUACUGGUUGAUGGUGUCUUGGUAUCACCAAUUUUAGAAUCAAAGGAUGAUGUGAACGGGUUUGGGUUUUGGCGACAGAAUAAUUCUCUGCUGAUAUUAACCAAUGAGGAGAAGACCAAUGCUACUGUGGAUAUAAUCGUUGAGGAAUGGGGUAGAAUGAGUGGGGGAAGUUUAAAUCAAUAUAAUAUGACAUUUAAAGGGUUAUGGCAGGGUGAUGUCUACAUUGACACAGAAAGAAUUACAGAUUGGAAAAUUAUUCCUUUAGAAUUUAAAAAAUCUUGGACUAACAGCUUGGAAAACUGGUCGGACAAAACGUCUAGCGACGGACCUGGGUUGUAUCACGCGAAUUUAGAAAUAACCACCGAGUCAAGCGACACGUACUUAGAUAUGCGAAAGUGGACUAAGGGGUUGGUUAUUGUGAACGGUUUUCCUCUAGGAAAGUACGCUAAAUUUGGUCCUCAGCAAGCAUUAUACUUACCUGGUCCGUUCUUGAAGACCGGUUCUAAUGACAUUGUGAUAUUCGAACAAUUUAAAGCUAAUGAUGAGCUAAGCUUUGUCACGGAACAGAUAUGGAAAAGUGUGUAAUGGUUUUAUUUGUUAAUAAAUUACUGUAAAAUGCUUAUUUAAACGAGUAAGAGGUACUAAAUAAAAUAUAAUAAAGUAUAUAUUUAAAAAAUC